AAGCUGGGUUUUCCAGGAUCAGGUUUAUUCCAUUCCAUAGUUCGUGUUUAUGCAUGCUAAGGCGAUCUUGGACAGAUCUACACUGUUUCCCAGGGAUAUUUAGCAGUUGACAAGACAAGUCACCAUGGUUAGAGUAUGGCUUUUGGUGGUGCUAAUUCUCUUCUACAAUGGGUUUCCCCUAAAUGGGGUUAGCACAAAUGUUUCCAAUGGACCAGAAAGCGUAAGCAUUGGUGCUAUUUUCGCAUUCAAAUCCGUCAUUGGAAAAGUUUCAAAAAUAGCAAUAGAAGCAGCUGUUGAAGACAUAAAUUCAAACUCAGAAAUUCUUAGAGGAACUAAGCUUAAAUUGGAAAUGAAGGAUUCAAAUUACAGUGGAUUUCUUGCCAUUGUAGAGGCUUUACGGUUCAUGGAGAAAGAUAUUGUGGCCAUAAUUGGUCCUCAGUCUUCUGUGACGGCUCAUGUGAUAUCCCACCUUGCAAAUGUUCUUCAAGUCCCUCUAUUAUCUUUCUCAUCCACGGAUCCUACCCUUUCUCCCGUUCAGUUCCCCUUCUUUGUCAGGACUGCUCAGAAUGAUCUUUAUCAGAUGACUGCGAUAGCAGAACUAGUGGAUUUUUAUGAAUGGAGAGAGGUGAUAGCAGUUUAUGAGGAUGAUGAUCAUGGGAGAAAUGGCAUUGCUGCUUUGGGGGAUAAGCUGGCUGAGAGACGAUGUAAGAUCUCAUACAAAGCAGCUUUAAGUCCUGAUGCAAGCCGGGCUGAAAUCACUAACUUGUUGGUUAAGGUAGCCCUGUUCGAGACUAAAAUUCUUGUGCUUCAUGUUCCAGGAAGCUGGGGUCUUACAGUUUUCAGUGUGGCUCAGUAUCUUGGCAUGAUGGACACCGGCUAUGUCUGGAUCGCUACAAAUUGGUUAUCCACUGUGUUGGAUACCAAUUCUCCUCUUGCUCAGGAGGCAACGGAUGAUAUUCAAGGAGUUAUUACGUUGAAGAUGUACACCCCAGAGUCAGAACUCAAGAAGAAGUUCAUUUCCAGGUGGAGCAACUUGACCAGUGGAAACGAGAUUAAUGGCCACCCCAUUGGCCUGAAUGCCUAUGCUCUGUAUGCCUACGACACAGUCUGGCUGCUUGCUCGUGCACUUGAUGCAUUUUUUAAGCAGGGAGGGAACAUUUCAUUCUCAAAUCAUUCUCAGGUAUCGAAGCUCCAAAAAGGAAACUUGCAUCUUGAUGCCCUGAGCAUCUUUGAUGGAGGGAACCUGUUGCUUGAUAACAUUCUACAGGUUAGCAUGAAUGGUUUAACAGGCCAAGUAAGGUUUACUUUGGAUAGGGACCUAAUUCAUCCUGCAUUUGAAGUCAUCAAUGUAAUUGGAAAUGGGUACAGGAAGAUUGGCUACUGGUCCAACCAUUCUGGAUUAUCAAUCCUGCCUCCAGAGACCCUUUGGUCGAAGCCUUCCAAUCGUUCCAGCAUAAACCAAAAAUUGUAUGGCAUGAUCUGGCCAGGACAGACACCAGAGAAGCCUCGUGGAUGGAUUUUCCCAAACAGUGGAAGGCAUUUGACAAUUGGAGUCCCAAAUCGUGUGAGUUACCGUGAAUUUGUCUCUGUGAACGGCCAAGCUGUCACUGGCUACUGCAUUGAUGUAUUCACUGCUGCCCUGAGCUUGCUCCCAUAUGCCGUCCCGUAUAAACUGAAGCCAUACGGGGAUGGACGUACCAACCCUAGUGGCACAGAGCUGGUGGCUCUGAUCACAGCAGGGGAACUUGACGCAGCAAUAGGCGACAUUGCCAUUAUCACCAACAGAACUAAGUUGGCAGAUUUUACCCUGCCAUAUAUAGAAUCAGGACUGGUUGUGGUAGCACCAGUAAGGAACACUGACUCGGGUGCUUGGGCAUUUCUACGGCCAUUCACUCGGAGUAUGUGGGCUGUAACAGCUGUCUCCUUCCUGGUUGUGGGAACAGUCGUCUGGAUUCUAGAACAUCGGCUAAAUGAUGAUUUCCGAGGACCUCCUAGAAGACAAGCGGUGACCAUUCUAUGGUUCAGUUUUUCAACAUGGUUCUUUUCUCACAAAGAAAACACUGUUAGUGGAUUAGGUCGCCUAGUCCUAGUUAUAUGGCUAUUUGUGGUUCUUAUAAUCAACUCUAGCUACACCGCAAGCCUUACUUCUAUCCUUACAGUUCAACAGCUUUCUUCUCCUAUAAAAGGCAUAGAAACUUUACAAUCAAGCAAAGAUCCUAUAGGCUACCAGCAAGGUUCAUAUACUCUGAAUUAUCUAAUUAAUGAACUAAGAAUCGAUGAAUCAAGACUCAAACCUUUCAAUUCGCCGGGGGAAUUUGCUAAGGCCUUGAAAGAUGGUCCUCACAAGGGCGGUGUUGUUGCAAUGGUUGAUGACCGUGCUUAUAUAGAGCUUUUCCUCUCAACUAGAUGUGAAUUCAGCAUUGUAGGGGAACAGUUCACCAAAAAUGGAUGGGGUUUUGUGAGUACACCUUCCUCCGCAUACUUUCUUUCUGCAUUUACUGCUCAUGCUGACAUCGUUGUCUGUUGAUCAGGCAUUUCCGAAGGACUCCCCGUUAGCAGUUGACAUGUCAACUGCGAUUUUGAAGAUGUCAGAGAAUGGCGAUCUUCAGAGGAUUCAUGACAAAUGGUUACUAAGAAGAGCCUGCAGUUCACAAGGUGCGACAAUGGAAGUGGACAGACUUCAGCUAAGGAGUUUCUGGGGCCUUUACUUUGUCUGUGGGUUAGCCUUCUUGAUUGCACUCUUGUUCCAUUUCUUGAA